AUGUUUAAUAUUGUUGGGGAACUUUGGAAAGCCUAAUAAUAUGCAAAAUAAGAAUGCUGUUUUGAAGUUCCUUAAACAUUCUACUUAUAAGGUAGUAAAAUAUCACAUUAUUUUACCAGUUCAUAAUGUUCUGGUAAAAUUUUAAAGAAAAGGAAAGAGAAUGUAACUUUACAAAGUAUAUUGGAUACUUUUAAUUCUAAAGAAAAGUACGUAUGUUCAUUUUAGAGAUUAUUAAAUAAAAAAGAUGUUUAAUUUAAAUAUUUAACACGUUAUGAACUAGAGGCACUCAUAUCUGACAUUACUAACUUCUCAGAACUAUAUUAAGAUGUUAUAAUUUAAUAAACAUUUCAGAAUGAAAACUUAAUUACUUAUUGUAAAUAAGGUCAUAUAACAUAAAUUUAAUAAAGAAUUCCCCUUUAAUUAGAACCAUUAAUUACUUUAAAAGUUAGUUAAUUUGCUUGUGAAAAAGUAAUAUUUGAAGCAAGAGUUAACAAAGUUGGAAUAGCAAUUGAAUAAUUAAUAAGUCUGAUUGAAGGAUCUAAAGUUAAUGAAAUUGAAUUAUACAUGAAAUAUGUUGGAGAUAAAUUAAUUAUUAUGUGGAAUACUAAUAUUAAAUGUAGAUCUAACAGAAGAUCUUUAAAUUUCAUAAAUUCAUAGAAUUAUUUACAUAAUUAAGAAUAUUUUGAAUAGUUCUAACCAAAAAAAUAGAUUACAGAUGAUAUUACAAUGAUUUAAUGUUCUGGUUGUAAAAAAUUAAUAAAAAUUAAUGAUACAUUUGAAGUGUUAAAAAAUAGAAUUUGGAAAAUAAGAAUGCAUAGAAAUCUUCAUCAUUUGAAUGAUUAGAAAUUAUAUCUUGAUGUAACAGGUAGAAUUGUACCAAAAUUUGAUGAGUUUUAAUUUGUUAGAGUAUGUGGAAUAUGUUAUAAUAGUUUUAUUGAUACAAUAUCUAAUAAUAUUACUAAAACUGAAAAUACUUAAAGGAAAUUACCAUAAAAAUAAUAAGAUUUAUAAUCAAUUAUUAUGUAGAAUGGUCCUAGAAGAAAAUUAUUUAAAUUUAAUGAUAAUCAAACAUAUUUAGGUAGUCGUUCAAAUAGUACUUAAAUAAAGGAUAAGAGAAUGACACCAUAAAUAAUGAAUUCUACAUUUGAUGAAAAUUAUGAGAGCAUAUAAAAUUAAAAAAUGGAAAUAGAUGAUGAUUUUGAUUAAUUAUUGAAUGAAGUUAAAAAUGAUAUCAGAAGUUCAUAUUAAUCAAAUAAAGUUAUGACUAAUAAAGCUAGAAUAUAGAGUGCAUAAAACAAUCAUAAAUUUAAAUUAUAUUACUAAUGA